AUGACACAGACACACGUAUAUUCAGCAAAUAAUUAUGUGUACCUUUCGAGGCAAAUGAUCAUAGAGGAUGCAGAAGAAAAUUCAAAACCUCGCCCUCUCUCUCCCCCGCAGGUAUCCUGGAUCCGACACCGCGACCUGCACGUGCUCACCGUCAACUCGUUCACCUUCACGAAUGACGAGAGGUUCUCCGCGCACCGGGACCACGUGACUGGCGACUGGGUUCUGGUUCUGCGUCGCCCUCAGCCCUCCGACUCGGGGUUCUACGAGUGCUCCAUCUCCACCAAGCCCGUGACGGCCCUCUCGGUCAAGCUGGAGGUUGUGGUACCCACCACCGAGCUCCUGGGCGACGGGCACGUGUACCUGGACAAGGGCAGUACACUGAACCUCACCUGCGUGGUUCAUUCGAGCCCCACGCCGCCCGAGUUUAUUCUGUGGUACCACCGAGAGAAGUUUUUUUACUGACUUACAUUGGUAUGGCUAAAUCUAUCCACAAUAUAAUUUUCGAACAAGCACUGAUAAAUUUAAUCACUGCGUUGAGCUGUAAAAUUGAUUAUUCCAAACUCAUUCUAAAUUCGGGAUUGAUGGUUUGUAAAGGAAUCACAUAAAUCGAAUUUCUUGUCUUAAAAAAAUAUAUUGAUUUGGAAAUUGGCAACUUAUAAAAUCACUAAGAACACUGCCGUCAAAACUUAUGUUAGACAUGAUUUGCAUUAUACCUAAAUACACACACACGCCCACACACACACACA